UUUGUUCUUACCUUUUGGCCUGCAGCUUAUAUUUUUCCCCAGGCCCCAAUGAGACAGAAUUAGCAGCCGGCUUUAUUGUUCCCUAAUGUUCCUGAAAAUAUGUGCUUGUGGUUAUACAGGUGAGGAAAUAAAACCAAACCUUAAUGUCAAGAAAAUUAAUCAUCGUCUUUCUCUUGGCAGCAACAUUUUUAUUAAAAAUAGUUUUUGCUUUGAGUUUUGUCCAGGAAGAACUAAUGUGUCUGACACACCGGUGAACUGAAAGAUUUCUUUGUAAACCGACCUGUGGAAAAUACAUCAUUGCCCCAGUGGCAGGUCUACUGGUUUUAACUUGAUUGCUGCAGUAAUUGCUCUAAGUAGAAGUUGUUCUACCUGGAACCUUGUUUAUAGAAUUGGAUUGUGUUGGGUUUGAACUGGGCCUCCUAUCGUGGGAUUGAGUGGCUUCAACUGAAAUGCACCAACCUGAAGAUCUGCUUUCGUAAGUUAAUGUCUCCCCAGUUACUUCAAUGGAGCUGUUCUGCUUUACAUCAGUGGAGGAUCUGGGUCACGGUGUCUAAGACCCUGGGAAAAUAUCCCUUCCUUAUAUUGCAGUUUUGUGGCAUUCCAAGCUCUAUUGCUGAAAUUCAGCUUCGUGAAAUGUCAACUCCAUAUUGCGUGUCUGAUUUUAAAAAUUGCUGGGGACGGAUGCAGGACAGUUACACAAGAGCUGAUGUCCGUGAUGUCUUUCCCUGGAUAUAAGAACCCAGGAGCACUUAGUGAAAUGAAAAGAAACCCACCAUCUCCCCAAGGAGGGUAAUGGAGCCCCAUUCUCUGUUUUAGAAGAGCAAGCUACAAGUGCUCACGUUCUCCACUUUUCCAAUGUGCAAGGCAAAGGAAUCUAUAAUCACAGAUUCUAGAAGUGUGAGGUCAUGUUCCACCAAUUAACCCUCCUCCACUUGGAGUGGAGCACAAGUCAGCCAUCUUCUGAUUUCAAGGCUUAGCUGAACGGAGAUGCAUGAAUAAUCUUUAUAUCCAUGAAUCUUGAUUAAAAUAUUGUCCUUGCUUCUGAUGCACAAAAUGUCACUCAGCCCCUACUCCCAUCCUCUCUUCUGAGAUCACAGAAUCAGCACAUAAUACAAAGGAGUCCCAGCAAAUGUCUAUUCAUUGCAAUGCAAACCUUAAUAGGAGCACAUAUCUACAAUGGGAUCCAUUCAGUUUGAGCUGCAAGACUUUAAUGGAAUUUGUCACUAUGGUCUCAUCCAUGCUCCAGUGUGAGGACUUUAUAACUUCCUUAUAUUCUUCAAACACCUUUGCUUAUUGCCAGGCAGAGGGGGCGUCUGGCACUUUCAUAUACUCCUCCACAGCAGCUGGCAUCAGGCUAGUGCCGGUGAGUAAGCAGCUGCAAGGAUGAUGUGUGUUUGCGUGUGUGUGUGAGACACUGAACCAGGAUCUUUCUGAAGAAGCUUUGAGAUGAAAUUGCUGAGAAUUUUUGCCUGAAGCGAGGGAUGUUUCCCUAAUCUAAGACAAGCAGCAGCCUGCAAUCAGAGAGAAGCAGUGGCUAAAGUCAGUCCAGAAGAGAGACUUUUCACAGAUCUUCUCAAGGAUAUUAAAUGACUUAAUCUACUGGAGGACCGAACAGUGAAGUAGUCUGAGAAGAAGAAGAGAAGCACAUAGCUGGCAUCAUGUUCCGCAAAAAGAAGAAGAAACGACCGGAGAUCUCUGCUCCGCAGAACUUCCAGCAUCGGGUCCACACCUCAUUCGAUCCAAAAGAGGGUAAAUUCAUUGGCCUGCCCCCUCAAUGGCAGAACAUUCUCGACACCCUGAAACGCCCAAAGCCAGUCGUAGACCCUUCAAGAAUCACCAGGAUGCAGCUUCAACCUAUGAAGACUGUCGUGAGGGGCAGCAGCAUCGAAGUGGAGGGAUAUAUCUCUGGGAUACUGAAUGAUAUUCAGAAGCUUUCUGUCAUCAGUUCCAACACUCUAAGGGGAAAGAGCCCGACCAGCAGGAGGAGAGCCCAGUCACUUGGACUUUUGGGAGAAGACAGGCUCCCAGACAUGUAUCUUCAGAGCCCCGAGGUCGACUGGGAAGACAAAUAUGGAAACUAUCUCAACUGCAAUGGUGGAAGCAAAGCCGCCCGAAGGCAGACUAUGUGGCCAGAUUAUAAACCCAGGACAAAUGGGCAAUCUCAUCCCAAUGGCAUGGUAAUGAAAGCAAAGUCCCUUGGGCCUUCAGAAUUCCAAGGUGAGGGUGGGCGCUGCAUCCAGCUCACUUCAGUUUUGCAGCACCAACAGCGCACCUAUGUUCUGGCUGGGAAGAGUGACAAGGCAGAAAGAAGCAGCUCAGAAUGCUGGCCCCAGCCUUGCCUGGUGGCACAAGUGAAUCCCAGGCCUUCUGGGGCGGGAAGCCCUUGCCCCAAAUCGAGGGAAAACAGCUUGAAACGGAGGCUGUUACGAAGUGUGUUGCCCUCAUCUGGCGACUCAAAUAAGUCAGGUCCCACCCUGCAGAUAAAGUCUAAUGCUUUCUGCAGGCCCCAGCAGUGGGGUUCUCCUCGCAGUCCUGCAAACAAAGCCCAGUCUCUUCCGCCUGACCAGCCAGCACCAGAUUUAACCAGGAUAAUUUCAGAAGCUGGUACCCCCCAGAAGAGCCCAACAACUGAGAAGGCAACUACAUUGCCACAGGGCAGGCCAUCACCAGCAGGAUCCCCCCGAAACAGACACACUCAGACCAGUUCCAGCAACCUUCACCUGUCCCAAGACUCUUCUGCUAAAGGACAGUUGGCCAGUGAGGACCCUGUGGUCGUGACUCAUGAGCAGUUCAAGGCCGCCCUCAGAAUGGUGGUGGACCAGGGUGAUCCCCGGACAUUGCUGGAGAACUAUGUGAAGAUUGGUGAAGGGUCCACAGGUAUUGUCUGCAUCGCUCGUGAGAAGCACUCUGGGCGACAGGUGGCAGUAAAGAUGAUGGAUCUGAGAAAGCAGCAGCGACGGGAACUUCUUUUUAAUGAGGUGGUGAUAAUGAGAGACUAUCAGCACAUCAAUGUGGUGGAGAUGUAUAAAAGCUACCUGGUGGGAGAGGAACUCUGGGUGCUCAUGGAAUUUUUGCAGGGAGGAGCCCUCACAGACAUUGUGUCUCAAAUCAGGCUAAACGAGGAACAAAUUGCAACAGUGUGUGAGUCGGUGCUGCAAGCCCUUGGAUACUUGCAUUCCCAGGGUGUGAUUCACAGAGACAUUAAGAGCGACUCCAUUCUCCUGACCCUUGAUGGAAGGGUGAAACUCUCAGAUUUUGGCUUCUGUGCUCAGAUCAGUAAAGAUGUACCAAAAAGGAAGUCCUUGGUAGGAACUCCAUACUGGAUGGCUCCGGAGGUUAUUUCAAGGGCUCCAUACACUACUGAGGUGGAUAUCUGGUCUCUAGGGAUCAUGGUGAUAGAGAUGGUGGAUGGAGAACCCCCCUAUUUCAGUGACUCCCCAGUCCAAGCAAUGAAGAGACUCCGUGACAGUUCUCCUCCCAAACUGAAAAAUUCUCACAAGACUUCUCCAGUUCUGAGAGACUUCUUGGAACGGAUGUUGACACGAGAUCCCCUAGAAAGAGCAACAGCACAAGAGCUUCUGGAUCACCCCUUCUUGCUCCAGACUGGACUUCCAGAGUGCCUGGUCCCCCUUAUUCAGCAGUACAGGAAGCGCACCUCCACCUGCUGACUCUGAGCAUGGGGAAAAGCCAGUAUCCCAGCACUGGAAAUGCAAGUUCUCUGCUGGAAACACUGGUUGUACUUGACCAAGACUCAAGCAGUGUCACUCUGCGAACAGUGCUUAGAACUUGUCAGUAUUUUUUUUUUUUUUUGAAAGGAUGAAUGUGAAAAUUCCCCCAAGACCUUUAGCUGCUUCCCUUUUGCUGAAGACAAUCAAGUCAGACCCAAUAUCUUUCAAGAACAAAACAGAGGCAUGACAUGGCUUCUAGAAUCUCAUAUUUCUCUUACAAGAAUGGCAUUUUAAAGAUGUUUGAAUUUGUAUAUUGAAGUGUCUGCAAACUCUGGAAAAUUUUAACUACUGGCUAUCAAAUUGGAACUGUAUUCUCCAAACAAAAAUGUGAUCUUUGUUUUUUAAUGUUAGUUGUACACUGAGUCCUGAGCUGACCCAAAAGAGAUGCAUUUUGGGGCACCAACGUUCUAAAAAAUCCUAUCUUAAACAAUGCACAAGGAUUUCAACACUUUUUUGAGACUUUUCUCUUAUUAUUUUAUCUCAUUCCACAAGUGUGAACAUCGUUGGGCCUGGAAAAAAGCUACCUGGAGGGCAGAUGUAAUAUAUGUUUGGUUGCUUUCCAGCUUCCUCUUUUGCAUCAAACUGCUUCAUUUCUAUGGAGAAUAUAUGUGGUUUAACAAGACAAAAAGGUGGUCUGUCUUGUCUCGACCGCAUGAUCCUAGAUAUAUGGAGGGAUGAGGAUCCUUGGCACAGGCCUUCUCUAAGUGUCUCUCUCUCUCUGCUCUAUAGAGAAAGUACUGCCUGCCACCAGAAUCGUAUGGCUGAAGCUUCAUAACAUGUAACACCACUGCCUUUUCCAGCACUGACUCGAAUGGGAGGCAAAAUGGUGUUCUCAGCAGGAAGGGUUUAAGAAAGCUUGUCCCAGGGUCUAGGUCCCCCUGGGUACAUUGGAUUUAUAUCAAGAAAUGCUGCCUUGAAACAGCUGUUAGGUAGGACUUUGUACCAUUGUGAAUUCUGUAACAGGCUCAAUAAAAAAUUGAAGAUGUCCUGUCUA